AUAUUCGGCUCCCUGUUUCGAAUUAGGAAUAGACCGGGCUAGAUCGACGGCGCGGCGCGUACAAAAAUAAAAUUUGACAAAAAAAAAACUAAAAAAAAAUAUUUUAAAUAUUCCGAAAUUAGAACUAACUUCCAAUAUUAAAUUCUUCGUCUAUGCUAAUGCAUAGAAAACAAGUGUGAUUUUAAGUGUGUAACAAACGACGUGAUAAGGGCUACGAAUUGUUCUCGAUAAUAACCCAUUAUUGAAAUGGGGAAUUUUAAAUGGAUAUUUUACUGUGGAUUAUUAUUGCUUGCAAUAUCCUUUAAAGAUAUUCGAGUUCGAGCCGAAGUCCCAUCCGAAACAGAAUGUAGGCCUUACAUCGAAAAAGCUUUGCAUGAGCUGAAAGGGUCAGAUGCUGAUGACGUGGAUAGUGGAGAAGUCGACACACCAGAUACUGGUCCGAAUGUAGCGGAAAAUGGCGAUGAUAGUGACGAAAGUAAUGAGGAUGUGCAAAAUGCAAACGAUUCAAAUGAAGCUAACACUGAAGAGAACGAUGAUGACGAUUCGAAUGAAACUGAAAACGAACCAGCUGGUGACGUUGCAAUUGAUGAUGAAUCGGAUGAAGCUGCCGUUGAUGAUUCUAAAGAGGAUGAUAAAUCGGAAGAGAGUGCAGAGAAAGCUGAUGACAGUUCCGAAACGGAAGGCAAUGCCGAUGAAAGUAAUGAAGACAAUGCGUCUGAAGAAAAUUCCAAAGCUGAUGAUGACAACUCAAACGAAGAUAGCGAAGCUCAAACUGAUGGAAGUGAUGAAGACGAACAAAAGGACCAAGCUACUAAUGAUGACAAGACUGACUCAAAUAACUCCGACGAAACUGAAGAAAAUACAGACAAAGUUACAGAACCGCAGAUAGAAGCCGAGUCUGCAGAAGAUACUGAAACUGCAAGAGCUAAACGAAGUGUUGAAAGUACUGAGGAUGAUAACGACUCAAAAGAGAAUAGCCAAGAGGACGCUACCGAUGAAGAAAAUUCAAAGGAAGCAGAUGGUAGCUCGGAAAAAGAUGAUGAGAACAAGUCUGACGAAGACAAAUCCGAUGAAUCUAAAGAUAAAGAUGACACUGCUGAAGACAAUGACGAUAGCAAAGAGGAUAAGGCUGCUUCUAGCGAUGAAGACAAAGGAGAGAGCUCCGAAGAUCAAAAGGAUUCUGACGAAGUAGUCGCCCCGUCUGAUGAUAAGGAUGAUUCUGCGCAAAGUGAAGAGGAUGCUGCAGAGCAAAAGCCAGAGAGUGACGAAGACGACUCGAAGGAAGAAGGCAAAGACAAAGAAGAAGAAAGUACAGAAACCGAGGAUCAAAAGGAUGAAGCUAAAUCUGAUGAACAGUCCGCCGAUGAUGGAAGCAAAACUGACGCAGACAGUUCAGAAGAAAAUGAUACAACUGAAGAAAAGACUACCGAAUCCUUCCCCGAAGACGAUUUACUUAUGGAAUUCGAGAUCCCCACCAAUUUACGCGACAGAUCGCACAUUUCUGAGUUGCUGCAUUUAGAUGAUGAAUCUGAGGAACGUGAAAAGGCUGUGGACAAGGUGUCUGACGUCAUUUUGAAAGAUCUUAAGCGUAUCUAUGAAACUGCUAUCAAACCACUUGAAACUCUUUACAAGUACAGGGAUCUGAGUAACAGACACUUUAGUGAUCCGGAAAUAUUUUCCAAACCCUUGGUAUUGUUUAUGGGUCCGUGGAGCGGUGGUAAAUCCACCAUUCUCAACUACUUGACGGACAACGAGUACACACCAUUUUCUGUAAGAACAGGUGCUGAACCUUCUCCCGCAUAUUUCAAUAUCUUAAUGCAUGGUGACGAGCCGGAGAUUUUAGACGGCACAGAAUUGGCAGCUGAUUGGACUUUCUCCGGCCUUCAGAAAUUUGGAGGCGGUUUGGAAGACCGUUUACGCGGCUAUAAAUUGCCAAAUAAAUUGCUUGAAAAGGUAAACAUUGUGGAAAUCCCCGGAAUAUUGGAAGUAAGGAAGCAAGUGUCCCGUCUCUUUCCAUUUAAUGAUGCCUGUCAAUGGUUCAUUGACAGAGCUGACAUCAUCUUCUUAGUAUAUGAUCCGUCGAAGCUGGACGUUGGGCCAGAAACUGAAGCUAUUCUGGACCAACUGAAAGGUCGUGAAUAUCAAACGAAAAUCAUUUUGAACAAAGCCGAUCAGGUGAAACCAGAAGAGCUGUUACGCGUACAGAGUGCUUUAAUUUGGAAUAUAUCACCGUUAAUGUCAUCGGCUCAACCGCCAGUUAUGUACACAACGUCAUUGUGGUCACAUCCGUACGAAAAUGGUGCACCAGUGAGACUAUUGCAAGCCCAGGAACGUGCUCUGCUGAGAGACAUUCGUAAUGCUAUCGACAAACGAAUUGACAAUAAAAUAGCUAGUGCGCGUCGUUUCGCUGUUCGCGUACGAAAUCAUGCCAAAAUGGUUGAUUGCUAUCUCACCACGUUCUACAAUCACAAGACCCUGUUCGGCAACAAGAAGCAAAUUGCCGAUCAAAUUAUCGACAAUCCACAAAACUAUCACAUUUACGAAGGAUUAUCGACUUUAACGAACAUUUCCCGAUACGAUUUACCGGAUCCGGAAGUCUAUCGUGACUUCUUCCGGUUGAAUAAUUUGUAUGAAUUUAAGAAACUUUCUGAGACGUGUACCUACUUCCGUGGAUGUCCAAUCAACAAAUUAGACAUUUCGAUCGCGUACGAUCUGCCCGAACUGGUUGGAAAAUAUAAGAAGCUUUUCGAAACAGCGCUAACAUCAUUAGACACAGGUGCUAAUGGGAAAAGUUAAACGGAUGUGUGGAGGAACAGAAUGUGCCCAUAUAUCAGUCAAUGUAUGGAGAAAAGAUGUAAAUUUAUUGUAAAUAAAUUAUAAAUUGAUUAAUAAUUUAUUUAAAUAAUUUAUUAACACGAAGAACUGUUUUUGUGCUGUCAGUACAUUUUUACACCAAACAAAGAAACAAACAACACAUUUUACCCAGGAUCCAGUGAAAGUUUGGAUUGAGAGUGUGAAUUGAUUUUUUUUUUAUUAUUGUUUAAUCGAGCUUAAUUCUCGAGCUUAAUUUAAUUUUUAUUUUGUUUUCAUUUAAAUUUGAUGAUGUGCUGAUCAAAAAAGCAGAAGGUAACUACAGUUCUCCAAUUUAUUUUAUUCAUUUACCGUGCUAUUUAAAACCUUUGUAUUUAAAGAAAAAAGU